AUGUUGAUGGAAGGCGUUCCACCACCGUCCGACCCAAUCGAGAACAAGCAUGGCGACCACAUGUACGCCGAUGAUGAUUUGAAAGCGGAACUGCAGAACAUCCCUGUCGACGACCCAUUUGGUAAUGAGGCAACAGCGGAGGUCAAGUACAAGACGUUGAAGUGGUGGCAAUGUGGAAUGUUCAUGAUUGCCGAAUCGGUCUCCCUUGGAGUCUUGUCCCUUCCUGCUACUCUUGAUACGCUGGGCUUCGUUCCGGCGCUCAUCCUGAUUGUCGGUCUUGGUAUUCUCGCCCUCUACACUGGAUAUGUCAUUGGCCAAUUCCGCGAGCGACACCCGCACAUUCACAACCUGGCUGAUGCUGGUGAAAUCCUCAUGGGCCGGUUCGGCCGUGAACUGUUCGGUUUGGGCCAGAUUCUGUUCUCGAUCUUUAUCAUGGGCAGUCACAUUGUCACCUUCACCGUCAUGAUGAAUACGAUCACCGAGCAUGGCACCUGUUCCAUCGUCUUCAGUAUUGUGGGCAUGGUGAUCUGCUUGGUCCUCUCUCUGCCCCGUACGAUCAAGAACAUGACCUACAUCUCCAUCGCCUCCUUCCUUAGUAUCUUCUCCGCCGUCAUGAUCACCAUGAUCGGCGUCGGCGUCCAAUACAAAGGCGGCGUCAACAUCUACGCCACCCAGCAGACAAACAUCUACCACGGCUUCACUGCCGUGACGAACAUUGUCUUCGCGUACUGCGCGCACGUCGCCUUCUUCGGUCUGAUCGCCGAGAUGGAAGAGCCUAAGGACUUCACCAAGGCCCUGUGCUUGCUGCAAGGCUUCGAGAUCGUCCUCUACGUCGUCGCCGCCACCGUCAUCUACUACUACGUCGGCACCGGCGUCGCCUCGCCCGCUCUCGGAUCCGCCGGUCCCGUGCUCAAGAAGGUUGCGUACGGUGUCGCCAUCCCCACCAUCAUCGGUGCCGGUGUCGUCAACGGCCACGUCGGCCCUCAAUCCGGCCGCAUGGCCAAGCGCGACUUCGUCUCCGUUGGUUCCUGGGUUGCUAUUGGUGUGACCUGCUGGGUCAUCGCUUGGAUUAUCGGCGAGGGUAUUCCCAGCUUCACCAACAUUGUCAGCUUGAUUAGUUCGUUGUUCGCCAGUUGGUUCACCUACGGCCUCAGCGGCGUGUACUGGUUGCAUAUGAACUGGGGCUACUGGUUCUCGUCUCCUCGCAAGAUUGCCCUGACCAUCCUCAAUUUCCUUAUUGUCGGUAUCGGCGGUACUAUUUGCGGUCUGGGAUUGUACGCCUCUGGCAAGGCCAUCCACGACGACAGCUCCCGGGCCAGCUUCACCUGUGCCAAUAAUGCGGACUAG